AAGUACCUGGCGCGAUUUUACACUCUUUCACUCUCUCAAACCGCUAUUCAAAAUCCCUAACUAACAUCUGAUCAAUCACAAACCAUUACGAGAUUUUAAUGAGGCGCGUAGUGUGCCCAGAAAAUGAAGGGUUGGCGAGUUACAUGUUUCAGAAGUGGCAAGAAAUGGCGGAGAAGCCGAAAGGAUUAUCCGAGAAUAUGGAUAUGACUCUGUUUAAGGCGUAUAACAAUGUGUGCAAUGCAAAGAAUCACAUCAAGACUCUUAAGGACUUGUCUCAACUCAAGGGUGUGGGAAAGUGGAUUCUGAAGCUUGUGCAAGGAUUCUUUGAUGCUGGUUCUGUUAGUUCUGAACCAGAAGAGUUGACUGAAAAGGGUAAAACAAGUAAAGCAACUAAGAAUAAAGGAACCAAACGUUAUGUGCCGCAAAGGAAUUCUGUGGCAUAUGCAUUGUUGAUUACCUUACACAGGGGUACUGCAAAUGGGAAUGAAUUUAUGCGUAAACAGGAUCUUAUUGAUGCAGCUGAAGCAAGUGGUCUUUCUCGGGUGCCAAUUAUGCCAGAGAAGGGAAAGGGGAUUCCUGGGCAAUUUGGAAGUUCUCCGAGGGACUGGUAUAGUGGAUGGAGUUGCAUGAAAACCUUGAUAACCAAAGGACUAGUUGUGAAAUCGAGUUGCCCAGCAAAGUACAUGCUGACUCAGGAAGGGCAUGAUGCAGCACGUGAAUGUCUCACGAGAUCUGGUUUGACAGAUUCCACGGAUAUCUUGCUAGUUGAACGGGAUUCUCAUCUGGAUGCAUGCAAGGCACCAGAUCUGGAGUUUGCUCACUCAGAUUCUUCUGAAGAGGUGACAUUGCAAUCUGUCAGUUUGAGUUGGCUGAACAAAUCAGUAGAUGUUCCACAUGCAUCUCUUGAGAGGUUUACACGCAUGGGGUAUUCCAAGGAACAAGUGCUUCAUGCUUUUGAUGAAGAACACAAAACUUCCCCACUCAAGGAAAUCUCAUCACUCUGGCCUGCAGUUUUAUGUCGUCUGCGAGAAGAUCAAGUGCAUGGUUUGCAUCCGAAUCCUCAGAAUUUAAGAGAAGAUCGCCAUGUAGCAUCAACAACUUGUGCAUUCACAAACAGUCGAGAAGAUGUUGUUAGAAGUCAAAGUACUCAGAUUGAUUCUGCUUGUGAUGGUGGAAAUAUGCACAAUUUAUCUGCUGAAUCUGCGCCAAAAAUCUUUACCUUGAAAGCUUGCUCCUCUUUUAUAGAUGGUCUGCAAACAAAUAUGAACGUUUUAAGUAUGCCACCUCUGAGUUUUGGGGAAAGAUUUGAGGAUGCAUAUGAAGUAAUCUUAAUCUUAGAUGAUCGAGAGCAAUUUGCCACUCAAGGGUCUCGUUCCACAAGAAUAAUUGAAAAUAUUUGCUCUCAAUUCAAGAUCCGAAUAGAGGUUAGGCGGCUACCAGUAGGUGACGGAAUCUGGAUUGCUCGUCAUAAACAAUUUGACACUGAGUAUGUUCUGGAUUUUAUUGUUGAGAGGAAGAAAGUUGAUGAUUUGUGCUCUUCAAUCAGGGAUAAUCGCUAUAGGGAUCAGAAACUGAGGCUCCUGAGAUGUGGACUUAAUAAGCUGAUAUACCUUGUGGAAGGUGACCCAAAUUUUUCUGAAGCCUCUGAAAGCAUCAAAACAGCUUGUUUUACGACAGAGAUCUUGGAAGGAUUUGAUGUUCAGAGAACUAGUGGUUUAGCUGAUACACUGAGGAAGUAUGGAUAUCUUACGCAAUCAAUAACUCAAUUUUAUAAAUUAGAGCUACCUGAUGACCAGCUUAAGUGCGCUGGGAUCUGUCCUACUUUCAAUGAAUUUAUCAAAAGAUGCCAAGACCUGGAUAAAAUGACAGUCAGUGAUGUAUUUGCCACUCAGCUUAUGCAGGUAAUGACUGUUCUUGUAAGAAGGGUAGACUCAUGCCUAUUCUAUUGCAGUGUUAAAACUUAUGAAGUUGAAUUAACCAUUUGUUAUGGCCCUCUUAUUUAACAAAGGAGCUCGGACUUAAUGAGAACUUUUGUCCUCAUGCUUAUAAAACAAGCAUUGAGCUUGAAUUGUCCACUUAUGGCUGCAUACAAGCAAGGGAAAAACUUUUUCACUUUUAACUCUAGAAUUAUUAUUAAUUGUUACUGUCCUUGCAUUCUAAUCUACUCUGAAUUUGUUCUUUUCUUUGUUACCGGGCUUACUAGUAUAUUAUUGGUUUCAAAAGUACAAGAUUUGAAUUUAUUGGUGAAUAUGUCGUUUUACACCCUGGAUGCAGACUUCGGUUGACGUAUCCACGACCCUGGAUUAUUAUAAUCAUGGUAUUCUUUUGACAAUUGGUACAAAAAUUCGCAUGCUAACUUUUGAAAAUAAUGAGUGUAGGUUCCACAAGUAACGGAGGAUAUUGCCAUAGCUGCUCUGGAUUUGUACCCAACUCUACUAUCUCUCGCUCGUGCUUACUCUCUUCUUGAAGGUGAUGUUCGCGCACAAGAGGAGAUGCUUAUGCAGAAGAGUAACAAUGUGGUCAGUGCAGCUGCCAGUAGGAAUAUUUUCCAGUUGGUUUGGGGCAAUUGACUACUGUGGGUCUCCUACGGCCAAAAAACCAAGUUGCAGGUCAUGAAGCUCGAUUUUUGCAGGAGCAAAAGCCAUCUGCAUCUUUGUUAUGGAUGCUUGACGUUCAGUGGCAAGAAGAUGGAUAGCUUUGUAUAUGUACUUUUGCAGAGCAUUUGACGUGGAGCAGCAAUUUUUGUAUGUAUUCCACUAGUUCAAAACUGGCCAUGUUUUACAAAAAAUGUGCAUAUGGUAAUUACAGCAAUCGAUAUAACUUAUUUUAACUGUAUAAUUGAGUUCAAC